UUUUUUUAUGAAAAGCCCAAAAAAUUUGAACAACAAAAAUCACUCUCUUCGAAACGAAUAUCGCUCAAUCUAAAAAUGAAUCCGGGUUUCAAAUGAUACCCGAAAUCGAUGAUAAUAAAAUAACACUAAAUCAAUAAGUAUUCAAAUAUUCAACCUGCGCUUGCGUUGUUAGUGUUUACCGAAACUAAAAAAACGAAAAUUAGUGGUAAAAAAGGAACGAACGUUACAAUCGAUUAUAUCGUUGUUUAUGGUGUUUUGAUUAUUUUUAAGAAUAACAUGACAAAAAUUUGUUGAUUUGCAUAACGUAAAUGCCUUAUUUGUGGAAUUUAAUAAUAUGGAUUAUUUAUCAUUCAACGAUUGGCUUUCAUCGAUCCAACAAACGUUCAAUAAUCUAUUGGAAGAUAAAUCUCAACGUCAAGUUUUGAAAUCGCUUGAAAAUCUAUUGAAACUAUCGGAAAAUAUUGAUGAUGAUCAAAAGUCAGAUCGUUAUUGGCUUUUAUUAUGGUAUAUUCAUUUGAAAAUUUAUAAAAUUCAUUGUGAACAUGGAGAUUUUGUUACUGCAAAAAAACAUCUCCAAGAAUGUAAGAAAUUUUUGCUUAUACAAUUCCCGUAUUUUGGUUUGGUUAUCGAUGAUCCAGAAUUAGUAUCAUCAUUCGAUACUUCAAUGCGUAAUCCAUUCGUUAGCCUUUUGAUCAAUUUCUAUAAUCAAAUCUUUAGUCAAACAUUAAUUGAUAAUAUCGGUAAAAAUUUUCAACUUCUUAAAUGUUAUAUCGAACAAGUGGAAAUAUUAUUUCAUGAAUGGAAUAAUCAGAAUCCACAUCCAGCUGUGAUAGGAUUCGAUGACAUAUUGAAACUUGAUGAUCAUAUUAUAACUUUGCAACAAAUCAUUGAUAGUUUUCCUACCGGAUUGGAAGAUGAUCAAAAGCGGAUGUAUAGUAUUUUUCUUACCUCAUUGGAGCUAGCUGCACAAUUUUAUCAAGAAAUGGAAAUGUCCGAAGAUGCAUCACGCUAUUGUUAUGAUUCAUUACGAUUUGAAUAUCAUUUGCUGAAUACACAAUUAACUAAAGUUGAUCAUAUUGAAUGGGCAUUAAACAUGGCUACAUUGUCUCAAUUUUAUAUUGAAAAAAAACAAUUCCAAUUAGGUAGUCAUAUGAUAUCUUGUGCACGUAAAGUUCUGAAUGAAACUGACGAACAAAUCAAACAAAAAGAACCUGAUAGUUACAAUAAGGCUCAUGCCGAUUUAGAUAUAAUCGAAGUAAAAUAUUGUUUGUUUUUAUUCGAUUUUAGUCAAGAAAUGAAGGAAAAAUCUGAUUAUAAAAUCCAACCAGAAUCUAAUCAUCAACCAAAAAAAUUUCUUCUCAACGAUCCAGAUGUGCAAAAACUUGAUGCUCAAUUUCCUAGAUUUCCAAUCUGUGAUUAUAAACAAGCCAAGAUAGUAUAUCAAUAUGCAUUGGAUGCCAUUGAGCGAGCAAAAAAAUUUUUCACCAUUAAUGAAAGGUGUUCGGAUCAUAUAAAUUGUUGUUUCGAUCAUUGUUCCAUUUAUGGAUCGAUGAUACCGUUUCUUGAGGAUAUCGAUUCUCGAUGUAAGAUGAACAAAAGACGUAUCGAUAUGUUUGAAAGAUUACUUAAAGAAAUUAGUCCUGAUCAUUUCAUUAAAUAUCAUCGGAAAUUAUUAAUGUAUAUUGCUGAUUUUUAUGUAACUCAAGUUUCAUUAAAAAUGAAACAAUAUGUACAAAAACAUCGACAAAAUCGACAGGAAAUUAAAAAUAUUGAUAUCCGUUCUGCUGGCAAGGAAAUGGUUUCUGAUGAACAAGAAGAAAUGAAUACGAAAAAACAAUUGGAUUAUGAAAAAAAUGUACAUGUUAUGGAAAAAAUUAAUGUUUUAACAACAAGAUCGAUUCUUUAUUUUUAUCGAUUUUUAUGUACUUUUAGUGAAUUCAAUGUGGAUAAAUCGAAAAAAAUUCCUGAAACAGUGGAUCAAUUGAUUCUAUAUCCAUUACCAAAAAUAAUCAAAGAUGAAGAAUAUGUUCAACCAAUAUUGUUAGCCUAUAUGAUGAUUGGUAAAAUGCAUACAAAAUUUGUCCAAUUUGAUGUUAAACAACAGCAACGGCUAUGGUUAAUCUGUGAAAAAUAUCAUUUGGAAAUAAAAUCUUAUCUAGAUCGUAAUGUUGAACAUUGUGAAAAAUAUUUUCGAGAAUUUCAUCAACAAUUAUUGGAAUUCCUAGAUUUAAUACCGGUGAAAAUUGAAUCACUUCAAUUAAUGGAAUGAAAAGAAAAUGUUUAUCGUUAUCAGGGAUUUGGAAUUUGGCCUACAAAAAAUUUACUCAUUCAUAAUUGUCAACCGAUUCCAUUUUAUUUUCAACAAUAAUCUAAACAAAACAAAACAAAAAACAUUUAUUCAGUCAAUCAA